AUGUCAGAAACUGCAACAUCAUGGAAUCUUGGUUCAGAGGACGUCUCCACAACCUUCAUCACUACUACUAACCCGUCCCUCGGGUGCGUCAAUGGGUUCGCCCGGGGGGGGAAGUGCCUGCAUCUGCUUUCCCCUUUCUGGGGGGGGGGCUCCUACUGCCAAAGCUACGAAGACAACUACGCCCCACGCUUCCUGGUCCACGCCGCAACUGCCGUAGUUCCCGAGAAUAUUACCGGUGCGGUGUACCGGGCAUGGGCCACGGACGGGGACCUGGGGCUCACCUGUCCCCUGGGCAGCGAGGGACCUGGCAGGUGCCCCUGUGCAGCUGUCACCUACCAACUCUUCGCAGCCCCAGGUGACCACCGCUUCGCCCUGCACCAAGACACAGGUGUCCUCACCAGGAACACAAGCGGCGCUACGCUCCUUCCCGGACAAACCUACGCGUACAAGCUUAUGGUGCAGAGUCUACCGAAGAGGGAGAGAGUACAGGACCUGCAGUAUGACAUCUUAGAUCUGAAGAUCUACGUCAGCCCUGACUACGUCAAGAUCAUCCCCUGGACCUGACCAGAGUCCCAGGGCGGGGACAAUCAACUCGCCCUUCAUGGCCUCCUUUGAGGUCCUCCUCCAGCUGUCUGUACCUACGACGUCCUCGAUGCUGUCGCUCGAGGACGAGUGACAGAAAGAGAUCUCGCUCGCUACGGAUACACUGUAGAACGUGACGCGGCUUAUUUAAAGUCGCUCUCGGGGAUAAAUGUCGAGGAUGAACGAAAUGCCGUAAAGGAGCAGUAGAAACUAGAGGUCCUCCUUGAAGACAUAAUCUUACUGUAGAAUUAUUUGUUACUGUGCCAGAGACGAGAGUUUCUGUAGGACAACACACGAAAAACAAGCCUGAUAACUUUCACUUAGUUUAGAGAGUAUUUUUGGGUCUUUCUAUUUGUGUUAAUGUGUAUCGCUGGAGGCUCGAUCCUCCGACAUGCCAGACGGGGAGCAGAGAGUGUCAUGACCCGGCUAUGGCUCAAAUAACUCACCCAUAGAAGUCAUCACCGUGACCCUAGUAGACAGUCUGGAUCAGUGUGUUGUACUGCUGAUAACAUUAAAGACACACGCUGCAGAAUAAGGCUUCACUUUGACAACGUUUCGCCCUGUGUUGAGAGUUCCAUCGAGGAUCAGCUGGGAGAGGAAACGUUGUCUGAUUAAAAGCUUGUUCCACAGCAUGCGUCUUUUUUUAAGUCAAUGUGUCUGUUAUGUGACAGACAGACUCUGUAAAUAUGUCGUUAGUGCGCGUGUGAAUGUUGCUGUUGUGCCCUGCCCUUCCAGGGUAUCUGUACCCUGAAAGGGUAUCCGUACCCUUCCUGGACGUGCCACAGUAGUAACGUCUGUGUUAUAAUGAUAUUUUAUUGAACAGUGUACCUGAGUUCUCAGUGUUGUUGUACCUCAUCCUCUUGUUCCUCCUAAUAAUUCUCCUCUUUGUCUCCUUCCUCUUCCUCCUCCUCCUCCUCCUCCUCCUUAUCUGGAUCUCUCUCCUCCUCAUUUCAUUCUUCUUUUCCUCCUCCUCCUCCUCCUCCUCCUCCUUUUCCUCUUCUUCCUCCUCCUCCUCCUUUUCUUCUUCCUCCUCCUCCGCCUCCUUCUCCUUCUCCUCCUGUUCUUCCUCUUUCCUUCUUACUUAUCAUUUUCCUCCUCCCUGAAAGAGACAUAAAAGUCGUAAUGUGUUUUCUCGUGUAGGUGAGAAUGGAACCGUUGAGUACCUUUGGGAACGGCGCCAGGUCUUAACCUGUGUGGUAAUGAACGGCGCCAGGUCUUAACCUGUGUGGUAAUGAACGGCGCCAGGUCUUAACCUGUGUGAUAAUGAACGGCGCCAGAUCUUAACCUGUGUGGUAAUGAACGGCACCAGGUCUUAACCUGUGUGGUAAUGAACAGCGCCAGGUCUUAACCUGUGUGGCAAUGAACGGCGCCAGGUCUUAACCUGUGUGGUAAUGAACGGCGCCAGAUCUUAACCUGUGUGGUAAUGAACGGCACCAGGUCUUAACCUGUGUGGUAAUGAACAGCGCCAGGUCUUAACCUGUGUGGCAAUGAACGGCGCCAGGUCUUAACCUGUGUGGUAAUGAACGGCGCCAGAUCUUAACCUGUGUGGUAAUGAACGGCACCAGGUCUUAACCUGUGUGGUAAUGAACAGCGCCAGGUCUUAACCUGUGUGGCAAUGAACGGCGCCAGGUCUUAACCUGUGUGGUAAUGAACGGCGCCAGAUCUUAACCUGUGUGGUAAUG